GAUUAUCAGACUCAAAUCAAAACGUCUGAAUUAUAUGUAGUACCAGUACUAUGCCAACGUGUACUUAGCAGCAUAUGGAGACAACAAAUUGCGAAGGACGGUGAGUCCAAGUCGGCACCAUGGGACUGCUGCAGGCCGUCCACCCGGCCCUGGAGGAGUUAGACUACACCCAGCCGUCUGUGCAGGCAUCCGUUAUAGGAGGGACCAUCCUUUUGUUCCUGGUGCUGCAAGUACUGACCCGCCUGGUGUCCAGUCAGAUGGAGGUGUACAGGCGUCUGGGUACAGCCGGUGAUAAGGUAGGGUGGAUCAGGGCUAUUUUGGGGAUGUUCUUCGGUGCUGUCUCCACGGUGGUGGGAAUAUGGACCAUCUUUUGGGACGACUCCGUCAACACGGACAUCGCCAUGGCAACCACACCCACAGGACGCUUCGCAGUGCUCUUCUCAGUCGGUUUCUCCAUCUUCGAACUGAUGCAGCUCGCUACGAUGUCCCUCACACGCCGCGCGUUCUACCCCAUCGUGUUCCUGCACCACACCUGGCUCACCGCCCUGCUCACACAGGUCAUGUGGUGCGACCGUCUGCACCACCUCACCGUGGCCGGGCUCACCAUGGAGAUCAUCCUGCCGUUCGACAGGAUCAGCUGGAUGUUGCUCAAAGCCGGGAGGAGAGACACUCGGGCUUGGGAAUGGAACCAGUUGAUUCUCAUCCACACAUUUUCCCUUCGCAACAUGGUGGAAUGUUACAUGUGGUUCCACACCUAUAGAAACUGGCACAGGAUCUGGGGCGUGACGCCCCUCCCGCUGCUGUGCCUUGUGUACGGUGGACUUGUUCUCACCACGUUUUGGAUGACGCCGUUUUGGUGGAUCGAGAGUAUCAGGAGGUAUUCCGUCACCUUUAGUGCAAGGAGGCAGAUAAAAAUGCAUGCGAACAAAAACGUUAGCGACAAAAAGACAAAGUAAAAUAUAACGUAAAAGCCAGCUUAGCCAGUUUUGAAAAGAAUUGUAUCAUACGAUUGCAACUUUAAAAAAGCAUAAAACAUAUGUCCGCUAAAUGGGUUGAGUGACCAGCAUGUUGUGUGUUUGUGUGUUGGUCCUGAUUGAAAAGUGUCGAAUUUUCCUGAAUGCUAAAAACUUGCUGUGUAUUCUGCUGAUAGUGUUGGUUUGGGAAACAAUCACUCAAAUAAACUAGACAUGUUGACGAGUUUUUCUGUGAUUUUGACUCAAGUC